GGUCAGAGUCCACGUGGUGWGGUUUGGAACCACUAACCYRGUURUACKCUUAUCACCAUGGUUGAGACCCGUACUGGGUUAGAGACUAACCCCUAUAGUAAGGAGCAGCAAGAAAAGAUGGCCGCCUUAGUCCAAGAGAAUAGGGAGAGGAAAGAACGUGAGAAGCAAGCGAAGCUAAAGGCUAUCGCAGACGAGCAGGCGGCGAAGAUGAAGAGGUUGGAGGAGGAGAUGAAGAGAGUACAACAAGAGGAGGAAGAAAGAAGAAAAGUUGCUGAAGCAGAAGCGGCAGCAGAAGAAGAGAAAGAGAGAACGAGGAUUGAGAGUGGAAAAGGGAGCAGUGGUGGCACGAUGAAGUGGGAGACAGAUCCUGAGCUGGGGAAGAAGAUCAGCGAGUGGGUCGCUAAUUUAUCGUUGGGGGAAGACGAGGAGGCGGAGUCAUAUGUGACUAAGGAUGAGAAGGCUGUGCUGGCCGCUGAGCUAGCAGCCAUGACGGACCCGAUGGAACGAAGAGAGAGGGAAGACGAGCAAAAGUUAGCAUGGAAGCUGAGAAUGAAGAGGGAGAAGAAGAGGAGGAGAGAGGAAGUGAAUAAGAUGACCGCAGCAGUGGCAAAGGUGCAGGAAUGUAGAGCGGAGGUGCUGGCCCAGCCAGAUGAUAAGGCCAAGUGGGACAAGGUACUAGGCUACCUAGAGGUGUUGAGCAAGGCCUGGAUGGAGGAGCGCCAGGCAAGCUGGAGCCAGGAUGUAGCAUUCAGUGCCAUGCGGUCCGGUUUCAGGAAUUUUGCGCACGAAAUCGUCACCCGCAUUGGGGGCGAAGUCAAACAGUUCAGGGACAAUGUAGGGAAGUUUUGUGAGGGCGCCAUUCAGGGUGCCAAAGCUGCAGCCGCUGUGGAAGGAGAGGCCAGACCCCGUAAGGACCCAGUGAAACUUAAGUUCCCAGAUGCCUACGGGGGAAAGAAGGAAGAAAACUUUGACAACUGGGAAGCCGGUGUCAACAGUUAUAUCUACUUACAGCAUAUCCUGAUGGAGGAACAAGUCCUCGUGGCCUUCCAGGCCCUGAAAGAUGACGCAGCUAGCUUCGCCAGUAGAGUAGGGGCCCUUAUAGACUCAGGGGCUACCCGUAGUUACAUCAGUCGCAGGGCGCUGAAGAAGUUGAGGCUGGGACUAAAAGUCCAGAAAUUGGCAGACCCCAUAGUCAGUGUCCUCGCAGACAACCGCACGAUGCGAGUUGAGGACUAUGUAGAGGGAGUCCAGGCGUACUUUCGCCUAGAAAAGGAUGGGAAGGUGGAGAAAGUUCUCCAUUCCCUGAUGCUCCUCGUACAGGAUGACCUUCCCUUUGACAUGGUAUUGGGAAUGGAUUGGGGAGAGGCAGCAGGGGCCACACUCCAUUUGAGAGAGCAUGAGUGUAGGCUCCCUAGUCCGUCAGGCGAGGUUAAGAUUGCCCGCUUGUUCCAUGUGUCUGGUGUAGACAACACCUUGGCACAUUGCUGUCUCAGUGCUCCCGCGUUCGCGCGAUUAGUCAAAAAGGAGCAGUUAGAGGAACAGGUCUUUGUAGUUUAUGUUAGACCUGUCACUGAGGGCCAAGAAAAGGAUAGUUCCAUAGAUCCAACAUUUGCCAAGCUGCUGGAAGAGUUCAAAGAUUUGACUGAGUCGCCGACAGGAGUAGUGCCGCGACCCAUCCAGCACAGGAUAGAGAUAGAGCCUGGCAGUAGAACUCCUAAGGGUGCAGUCUACCGAAUGUCCCCUAGAGAGUUAGAGGAGCUUCGCAAGCAGUUAGACGAACUCCUUGAGAAGGGUUGGAUCAGGCCCAGUUCGUCUCCUUUUGGAGCACCAGUUUUAUUUGUCCCCAAGAAGGAAGGAGAGUUUUGUAUGUGCAUAGACUACAGGGGUUUGAAUGCGAUUACUGUAAAGAAUGCGGAGCCACUGCCCACGAUAGACGAUCUUUUAGAUCGGGUGCAGGGUUGCAAGUAUUUCUCCAAAAUAGACUUGAAAUCCGGAUACCGUCAGAUAGAAGUCCAUCCUGACGACCAGUACAAAACUGCGUUCCGGACUAGAUAUGGGCAUUAUGAGUUCAUAGUGAUGCCCUUUGGACUAACCAACGCGCCAGCUACAUUUCAGCGUUGCAUGAAUGAUCUGUUUAGACCCUGGUUGGAUAGGUUUGUCGUAGUUUAUUUAGAUGACAUCCUAGUUUUUAGUAAGACCCUCCAGGAGCAUCAGGGUCAUAUGAGGCAGGUCUUGGAGAAGCUACGAGAGGCUAACUUCAAGAUCAACGCGAAGAAGUGCGAGUGGGCCAAGACACAAGUCAUGUAUUUAGGCCACGUAUUAGACGGAGAUGGCGUUAAGCCAGAGGACAGUAAGAUAGUGGCGAUUAGAGACUGGCCGACGCCCCGCACAUUGACAGAGUUGCGGUCGUUCCUAGGCCUAGCUAACUACUACAGGAAGUUCGUGAGGAACUUCUCCACUAUCGCCGCUCCCUUGCGCAAAUUGCUGAAGAAAGAGGCGAUCUGGCAAUGGGACAGAGAUUGUACGUCUGCGCUUAAGAAGCUAAAGCGCGCGUUAAUAGAGUAUCCUGUCCUCAAAGUUGCAGAUCCGUCCUUGCCAUUUGUCGUCACCACGGACGCAAGUCAGUAUGGGAUAGGCGCCGUGUUGCAGCAAGACGACAGUAAUGGCUAUAGACCCGUAGAGUUCAUGUCAGUGAGGAUGCCCUGUGAGAAGGUCGCUACCUCCACGUACGAGAGAGAACUCUACGCUCUCAGGCAGGCUUUAGAUCAUUGGAAGCACUAUCCGCUUGGGAGGCACUUCAAAGUGUAUUAUGACCACGAAACGCUUAGAUGGUUGAAGACUCAGGCCAAGAUGAUGCCUAAGUUGACUAGGUGGGCCGCAGAGAUAGACCAAUUCGACUUUGAGCUCAAGCCAGUGAAGCGCAAAUACAACGUAGUUGCGGAUGCUCUGAGUAGGAGAUCAGAUUACUUUGGAGCCGUAGUACACUAUCUGGAUAUAGGGAGAGACCUGCAGGAGAAAGUGAAGCAAGCAUAUGCGCAGGACCCUAUCUAUAGCGACCUCCUAAUGAGAGUUAGAGAGGUCCCAGAGACUGAACCAGAUUACCGCACUACAGACGGGUUGUUGUUUGAGAAGACUAAUGUGUUUGACCGCCUGUGCGUUCCCAACAGCGAAGAGAUCUGCAGUUUGAUUUUAGGGGAAUGCCACGAUAUUGAAGGGCAUUUCGGUUGGCAAAAGACAUUAGCCAACCUGAUGCAUGCGUAUACAUGGCCCGGAAUGAAGAAUGACUGCAUAGAGUAUGUUCGCAGUUGUAAAGUGUGCCAAAGGAAUAAGUCUACAACACGCGCACCCCUAGGUCUUCUCAGACCCUUGCCUAUUCUGGAUCAGCCGGGGGACUCAGUGUCCAUAGACUUCAUGGACACUCAAGUCAAGAGUAGACAUGUUGACGACGAUGAUGAUAAUGAUGGUGGUGUUUGUGUUGGUGGUGGUGAUGAUGAUGAUGAUGAUGAUGAUGAUGAUGAUGAUGAUGAUGAUGAUGAUGGUGAUGAUGACAAAUGAUAUUGAUGAUGAUGACAAAUGAUAUUGAUCAUGAUGACAAAUGAUAUUGAUGAUGAUGACAAUGAUGAUGAGAGGGGUUUAUACCGGUGUACAGGCGA